AUGGAGAAGUAUGUUAGACUACAAAAGAUUGGAGAAGGUUCUUUUGGAAAAGCGGUUCUUGUUAAAUCUAAAGAAGAUGGCAAACAAUAUGUUAUCAAGGAAAUUAACAUUUCAAGAAUGUCCAGUAAAGAAAGGGAAGAAUCAAGGAGAGAAGUUGAAGUGUUGGCAAACAUGAAGCAUCCAAAUAUUGUCCAGUAUAGAGAAUCAUUUGAAGAAAAUGGCUCUCUCUACAUAAUAAUGGAUUAUUGUGAAGGAGGAGAUCUGUUUAAACGAAUAAAUGCUCAGAAAGGCAUUUUAUUUCAAGAGGAUCAAAUUUUGGACUGGUUUGUACAGAUAUGUUUGGCCCUGAAACAUGUACAUGAUAGGAAAAUUCUUCAUCGAGACAUAAAAUCACAGAACAUAUUUUUAACCAAAGAUGGAACAGUACAACUUGGGGAUUUUGGAAUUGCCAGAGUUCUUAACAGUACUGUAGAGCUGGCUCGCACUUGCAUAGGGACCCCAUACUACUUGUCACCUGAAAUUUGUGAAAAUAAACCUUACAAUAAUAAAAGUGACAUUUGGGCUCUGGGUUGUGUCCUUUAUGAGAUGUGCACACUGAAACAUGCAUUUGAAGCUGGCAACAUGAAAAACCUGGUACUGAAGAUAAUAUCUGGAUCUUUUCCACCUGUUUCUUUGCAUUAUUCAUAUGAUCUCCGCAGUUUACUCUCUCAGUUAUUUAAAAGAAAUCCUAAGGAUAGACCAUCAGUCAACUCCAUAUUGGAGAAAGGCUUUAUAACCAAGCGCAUUGAAAAAUUUCUCUCACCUCAGCUUAUCGCAGAAGAAUUUUGUCUAAAAACAUUUAAAAAGCUUGGAGCACAGUCUAUACCAGCAAAAAGACCAGCUUCAGGACAAAGCUUGGCUUCUGUUAUACCUAGUCAGAAAAUUACAAAGCCUGCUGCUAAAUAUGGAGUACCUUUAACAGCUAAGAAAUAUGGUGAUGUGCAUAAAAAAUUACAUGAAAAGAAACCACUCCAAAAAUAUAAACAGACCCAUCAGACUACAGUGAAGAAAGUGAAUCCUAGAGAAGAAAGGAGGAAAAUGUUUGAGGAACCAGCAAGAAAGAGAAGAUUGGAAUUUGCUGAAAAAGAAAUGAAACAAAAGGAACAGAUUAGUUUAAUGAGGGCUGAACAAAUGAAAAGACAAGAAAAAGAAAGGCUGGAGAGAAUAAACAGGGCCAGGGAACAAGGAUGGAAAAAUGUGCUAAGUGCUGGUGGAGGUGGUGAAGUAAAGGCUCCAUUUUUUGUCUGGGGAGGGGCAGUGGCUCCAUCAUCUUUUUCUCCUCGAGGACAUUAUGAGCAUUACCACGCUAUUUUUGAUCAAAUGCAGCAGCAAAGAGCAGAAGACAAUGAAUCUAAGUGGAAAGGGGAAAUACAUGGCCGAGGACUUCAAGAAAGAGGAAUUUCACCUGGAGUAAUUCCAGGAUUUCCUAACGGGGCUGCAGGUCAUCACCAUUUCCCUGAUGUUGAUGCUAUUAGAAAAACUUUGCAAAGAUUGAAGGCCAUGUCUAAACAAGCCAAUGCAAACAGGCGAAAGGGGCACCUACAUGUGGAAAGAGCUAAACAAGUAGAAGAGUUCCUACAGAGAAAACAAGAAGCUAUGCAGAAUAAAGCUCGAGCUGAAGGACAUAUGGGAAUCCUGCAAAACCUGGCAGCUAUGUAUGGAGGCAGGUCCAGCUCUUCAAGAGGAGGGAAGCCAAGAAACAAAGAGGAAGAGGUUUAUCUAGCAAGACUAAAACAAAUAAGAUUGCAGAAUUUCAAUGAGCGCCAACAAAUUAGAGCCAAACUUCGUGGUGAAAAGGUAGGUUGAAAAUCUAAAGAAGAUGAAGAAGGGAGUGAAGAGGCUGAAAUGAGAAGCAGAAAGAUUGAAGCAUUUAAGUCCCAAGCAAAUGCACGUGCAGCUGUACUAAAAGAACAACUAGAGCGAAAGAGAAAGGAAGCAUAUGAAAGAGGAAAGAAAGUGUGGGAAGAACAUUUGGUGACUAAAGGAGUAAAGAAUUCUGAUGAGUCCCUGCCUUUAGGGCAGUGUGAAACUGGUGGCUCUCUAUCAAAGCAACAUUUUAGACCUGUUAUUUCUGUGACUUCAGCUUUGAAAGAAGUGGCUAUGGACAGUUUAACUGGUACCCAGGAAAUCUCAGAAGAAAUGCAAAAGACCAACAGUGCUAUUUCAAGUAAACGAGAAAUAUUACGUAGAUUAAAUCAGAAUCUUAAAGCUCAAGAGGAUGAAAAAGGAAAGCAGCACUGCUCUGACACUUGUGAGAUCCUUGUUCCUGAAGAUGCCAAAGAGCGUGAAGAAGAAAAACCAGUUUCAUCUGAUCGUAAGAAGUGGGAAGCAGGAGGUCAGCUUGUUAUUCCUCUGGAUGAGUUAACACUGGAUGCAUCCUUCUCUGCAACUGGAACAAUUCUUUAUCGGGUGCCUGUUUUAUGCUAUACAUUCUUAAUCAGUAAGUAUACACUGAUGUCUUUACUCUUGAACACUUUAAUGAGGUCUUUGAUUUCUCCUGACGACGAAGAGUGCAAACCCUUAAUCAUUAGAGAAGAAGAAGUACAGUGUGUUUCACUUGAAAUAAACCCCUCACCUACUAUUGAUUCUCCUUCUAUUGAGAUAAAAAGUCCAAAGUGUAGAGAGGUAUCUCCACAGACAUCAUUGAAACCAGAAGGAAACUUGGAUGAACCUGAUGAUUUGGAAACAGAAGUUCUACAAGAUCUUUGUGGAAUAAACAAAGACAGUAGCUUGCCGGGUGCUAUUACUGAUGUGUGGGUUGAGAAAAAAGAAACCAAGGAAACUGAGUUGAAAGAUAGGAUCACCCUUCAGCAAAAUGAAGUUUCUGAAGAUGAAAUCUUGAGGAAUGAGGAGGACCAAUUUAGUGAAGUUCAUAUGGCACCUGUAAUAGAUGAUUCAUCGUACUCUAAAUGUGAUGUUGCGAAAUCUGUGCAACCAGAGCCAUUUUUCCAUAAAGUCAUUCAAUCUGAAGACUUGAAAAUUCUCUCUCAAGUUCAGUUAAUUCAGUGUCCACCAGAAGAAUCCUUUCCACUUCGAUCACGCUCUGAUUCACCACCAAAAAAUAAAAACAAGAGUUCUUUGUUGAUUGGACUUUCAACUGGUCUUUUUGAUGCAAACAACCCAAAGAUGUUGAGGACAUGCUCACUUCCAGAUCUGACAAAGCUGUUUAGAACAUUGAUGGAUGUUCCCAUUGUAGGGGAUAUACGACAAGACAAUCUUGAAAUAGAUGAAAUUGAAGAUGAACACAUUAAAGAAGGACCUUCUGAUUCUGAUGACAUUGUGUUUGAAGAAACUGACACAGAUUUACAAGAGCUUCAGGCUUCUAUGGAGCAGUUGCUUAGGGAACAACCUGGUGAGGAAUACAGUGAGGAGGAAGAAUCCGUCUUAAAGACCAGUGAUGUAGAGCAGACUGCAAAUGGUACAGAUCUGGCAGAUGAGGAAGACAAUCCCAGCAGUGAAAGUGCCCUAAAUGAAGAAUGGCACUCGGAUAACAGUGAUGGUGAGAUUACUAGUGAAUGUGAAUGUGACAGUGUCUUCAAUCAUUUAGAGGAGCUGAGACUUCACCUGGAACAGGAAAUAGGCUUUGAAAAGUUCUUUGAGGUUUAUGAGAAAGUAAAGGCUAUUCAUGAAGAUGAAGAUGAAAAUAUUGAAGCAUGUUCAACAAUAGUUCAGAAUAUUUUGGGAAAUGAGCAUCAGCAUCUUUAUGCCAAGAUUCUUCAUUUAGUCAUGGCAGAUGGAGCCUAUCAAGAAGUCAAGAGCACUAAACAUGGAAUCAAGAGACCAGUGUUAUAG